CCUGCCGAGUGCGCUGUGGAACCACGCACUACUGCUGCACGACAGCCAAAGCUAUAGUAAACACACCACACAAGUUCUGUUGCAGUUACUACUUCAUAACCGGUUUUAUUUCUUGUGAUCAAAGUGACAGGCUCUUAUAUUGUGGCCGCUCCAACACCAAAGUCUAAUUCAGCGUUUGUGAACUUAGAAACAAAUUUUGAAUAUAGUGAAGUGUCGUGCUUAGAUAAUAAGAUUUCAUGAUGCGAUGACCCUUGGAUUAGAAACAGAGAGUGAUUGGAUUACUUAACCGAUGCAUGACUUAUAAGUGUGCAGCGAAAGAUGGCGUGCGUAGAAAGAGAACGGUAUUAAGCAAAGAUGGGCCUCGCCCAGACGUUUCUGGUGCUCCUUGUGUCCACGGCUCACGCCUGGAUGCCAGAUGCAAAUGCCCGCAUCGAACUUAAAUAUGGCGAUGAAACUUCAGAGCAGUUUGUGGGCAACACCACGGCGCCGGACCACUUCCGCAUCUUAGACAAAGAUGAUUUUUCCAUCAUAGUGGGUGGAAGGAACACUGUUUACAACCUCAGCCUCUAUGAUCUCUCGGAAAAUGUGGAGCAGCGUUUGGAGUGGCAAUCAACGGAUGCGCAUAGAGAACUAUGUCAGUUGAAAGGAAAAUCGGCAGAUGAGUGUCAAAAUUAUCCACGUGUAGCUGCCCGAACCCACGACCGUCUUUUAGUAUGCGGCACCAAUGCUUUCAAGCCAUUGUGCCGUUGGUAUCCUCGGCAUGCACAAAGCCAUCAUCAAGAAGAAUUCGAUGGAUCGGGUCGCUGCCCUUAUGAUCCUCAACACAACUCGACCGCUAUAUUUGCUGAUGGUAAAUUGUACACAGCAACGGCGGCAGAUUUUUCAGGGACAGAUCCGUUAAUUUACAGAGAACCUGUAAGAACCGAAAGAUCAGACCUUCGACUACUGAACGACCCCUCGUUUGUGGGCGCCGUCGCUUCAACUAGCCAUGUAUAUUUCUUCUACAGAGAAACUGCAGUUGAAUACAUGAAUUGCGGGAAGGCCGUGUAUUCAAGAGUGGCAAGAGUAUGUCUUAACGAUAUUGGUGGUCCACACACAUUUAGCGAUCGAUGGACUUCGUUUCUAAAAACUCGUUUAAACUGCUCCAUGCCUGGCGACUACCCAUUCUACUUUGACGAAAUCCAAGCAACAACGGAGCUCAUCAAUGGUAUUUACGGCAGCGGCGGCAGCAGAAACGACAUAGUAUACGCCGUAUUUACCACUCCUCAAAACGCAAUUGGAGGUUCAGCAGUCUGUGCGUUUGCUAUGAGAGAUAUUUUGGAUGCAUUCGAGGGUCCAUUCAAAGGACAGGAGAGUAUGAACUCAAAUUGGCUACCUUUAGAAAAAGACAAAGUGCCGGAGCCAAGACCAGGGUCUUGUGAAGAAGACAGUCGGACGCUAUCUGAUUCAGCCGUCAACUUCAUAAAAACUCAUUCGUUGAUGGACAAAGCUGUUCCAUCGUUUUUGGCACGACCAAUUCUAAUUAGAGUCAGCCUCCAAUACAGAUUCUCCGCAAUUGCUGUACAUCCUCAGGUGCAAGCGAUGAACGGAAAUAAAUAUGAUGUGAUGUACGUCGGUACCGACGACGGUAGAGUCAUAAAGGCUGUGAACGUAGCUGCUAAUGAAGGCGAAUUCUAUGCUAGUUCUGAUGAAGAUAGUAAAAGUCCUGUAAGAACGGCUGUGAUUUCUGAGGUGCAAGUUUUACCACAAGGGGUGCCGAUCAAACAAAUGCACGUUGCCCUCACUACUGAGAAGUUAAUAGUGGCAUCAGGAGACAUAAUAAGAGCAGUGACGUUAUCGUACUGCAGCAAUGUUCACUCAUGCAGGGAAUGUGUUGCAUUACAAGAUCCACACUGCGCGUGGGAUUCAAAACAACAACAAUGUUCUUGGGUCGGGAACAGGCAAUUUCCGAAUCCUGAGCGAUUUCUACAAAAUGUAGAAUAUGGAAAGACUGAUAUAUGUAAUAAGUUGCCAGCCCUCUCGACGGGGCAUAGUAAUAAAAAUCCAGGAACAAAGAAGCCCAAACUGUCCCAAUCAGACGAUAUCCAAAAUGAAAUACUGAUAGAAGUUGUUGAAACCAACGUUUUAUCAGAGGACAAACCUACCAAUAAUAAUAAACACGGAACAGAUUCUCUGACUGUGGAAGCCGCCGACGGUAAUAUCUACACAUCACAAGCCCUGUUGACGGCAGUGGUAGCUUCCUGUUUGGUGACGCUGAUGGUGGGAUUCGUCAUUGGAUACCUCUUCUCCCGCCGAUUUCGACAUCCUUUUUUUGCCGAUACGUCGCCCUUCAAUGAACAACACAACCACCUUAAUAGACUAAGCCCCUUGGAAACUCCUCUCAACGCUAAUUCGGGGUACAUGCCACCGCGAUCAAAAAAUGUGAAUAUGGUGGCCAACGUAUGUCCACUCGCUAAGCAAGACAAUCUGCAUAUGGAGCUGGGAAAAGACCGCCCGUUGGACCUCAGGAACUCAACAGAAUCGCUAGACAAGGACCUCAAGUGCGGUACCUUACAGAAAGUGAAAAAGACUUACAUUUGAAAAAUACCAAACAAAACUGUAUAUGGUUCUAUCACAAAGUGAUUUAUGAUGAGUGACGAUACAUUUACGUCGUGUGUGCCAAGUCUUCCGAUUUAUUCGGUAGGUCAGCGUGUUCAGUGCUAGCAUAUGUUUGAUGGCUGUAAAUAUUGUUUUAAUGUUAAAUGUACAGUUUCCACGGUUUAAACUAUGUACGACGUUAAAUAGCUACUUGCAUUUAAGACCAAUAAAGUUGUUUAUUUAGAUUGAUUUUAGUCUUGGUAGAAUGCCAAGUUGAAUAAGUAAUAUGACUUAUUCACAUUUUACAUUCCAUAAAAUACUUCUAAUAAAAAUAGUGAUCAUGAUGUGAAAUUAGCAAUUGUAAAUAUCUUAGGCUAAUUGAUUGUAUAUAUUUACAAUAAGCGAUUACUUUUUUAUAUCAAUGGGCUGGCAUUUCAACAUAAUCAAAGAAAAUAUAUGUACAAGUAAUAAUUCUAUUUAAAGGAGAUCAUUUUUAAUCAGAAUUAUUACUGUAUAUUAACUCAAUACUUUUACUCUGCAAGUUUAUAUUGAAAAAAAGCAUGUAAAUUUUGUUGAUUAUGAAGAAAUAAAAUCAUAGCAUUAAUUGCUGUGCUAAGUGCAUAGUGCCUUGUAGGUUGCCAAUUUAGUGCCUAAUGUAAUUUAAUAUACAUUAUGAUGAAAAAUAUAAGGAUAUAUUUAACCUCUUGUUAUAUUACAGUUAACAUGAAAUGAAACAAAAUUCAAGUUAUGUACAUAUAGAUUAUCCAUGAAAAAGUUUAAUGUAGGCAAAAAAAUUCAUAGUAAAUCUCAUAGUAGCAAAUAAGUCUUAUUUAUUUGGUUUUAUUUUGAUAUGCUUUUUGUCUUGUAAAAAGUAUUCCUUAACUUUAUUAUUCCAAAAAAACUAUCUACCAUAAUUAUGAAUUAAACCAGGCUGAUGUAACCACCAUAUCUAAAAAUAAGAUGUAUUCCCACCGUAAAAUUAUCAAAGUCUCUUAGUUACAUAAGCAGAGAACCUUCCUGUAAAUACUACAUGUAAGUGGUAAUUAAUAAAUAGAAAUCCUUCUGUCUUGUAUUACAAACAUAAUCAUGGAUGGUAAAAAUUAAUUUUAUUUUACAUGUUUCUUAUAAAACAUUAUAUUUUUUUUUACAAUUGUGUUAUUUUAAGUGAUCUACAGAGUAAAUUGAAAUGAUACUGUACAAUUUGCUAGUUAUCACACUUCAAAAUGAUUUAUUAAUAUUUUUAUAUAAAAAUAAAUCAAUUAAAUGCCUAGCAAGGUUAUCAAUUUCCCAUAAUAUUGGAGAAAUAUAAGUAUUAUUAAAUAAAAA